ACCACCCAGGUCCUGGAAUACAGCGACGCGGCGGAUUCGCGAUUCUACGGGGUGUAUGGGUCCGCGCUGAACGCCAAGGUGUGGGGCGUGUGCGCGGAGGCGCGCGGGCAGGGCCACAUGCCGACGCUGGAGAUGCUGCGGAUGCUGGCAGCGCAUGACACGGCGGUGGACGUGGUGCUCGUGGACUUCGAGGAGGACAAUGGGCUCAGGAAGCUCGUUGCCAGGCUGGCAGCGGGGCGCGGGAAGCAGCAGGGGCAGCACGGGCAGGGGGAGGGAGACGCGGGAGUGAGGGCUGGCGAGCCUACAGCCGGUGAUGUUGCAAGGGUGGUAGCAGAGGCAAUGGGCGGACCAGUACCCAACGACGAAGAGAUCUAUGAGGUUUGGGAGGAGCUGGCUCGGGAGAGCAGGGUGCGGGCUGGAUCGCCCAUCAUGCUCAUCGGGAGCAUCAAGCUGGGUCUGAGUCGCCACCGUGCCUUGCUCUUCAAGGCCCUAGCAGAUUACUUUGGCAUCCCGUGCCGCAUGAUUAGAGGAACCAAUGGGGAGGCCCUCAUUGCCACGCGCUGCCGCCACAACAGGGAGUGGUUGGUAGACGUGAUGAGACAUCCUGGGCAGAUGGCCUCUCGCUCACACGAUGGCACCGUCGCAGGUCCCGCCUUCCUCAGAUCCCCCCUGCAGUUCGACCUCCCCUCCCCCUGGUCCGCCUCCCCCGCCCAAUCCGCGCGCCUGCACCUGCACUCGCGCCCCCCGCGCCCGUCCGCCCAGCAGCACGGCGGAGGGGGAGGGGGAGAGGGCGCAGGGGCAAAGGGGGAGGCUGCAGGAGCAGGGGGGGGACCAGGGGCGAGUGGGGACGGGAGGGGAGGGUCGGGGGGAGGGGGAGCGGAAGGAGGGGGUGGAGGGGGGGCUGCAGGGGCGGGGAUUGAAUCUGAGCCGUCGGUUUAUGCCCUGGCAACGCAGCAGCGGUUUGCAGGGCGGAGCAGUUGUGGGUGCGGGAUUAGGCGGGGGGUGUGGGGGCAGGGGGGAGCGUCAGGGGGAAGGGGGAGCGCGGGGGGAGCAGAGAGGCGCUCAGGCAGGCUCAGCACGUUGGGGGAAGCAGGGGGAGGGGGCGGAGGGGCAGGGGGGGAAGUCGGGGGAAGUGUGGGGCAAGGGGAUAUUUCCCCCGCAGGUGGUGCUGGCGGCGCGGAGCGGAGUGGGGGAGGAGGGGGCGCGGGCGCAUCUGGGGGAAUGGCGGAGGGGGGGGGAAGCAGCGGGGGGAUGCUGGGGAGAUGGCUUAAAAGCCCCGCAGGCAGUGAGCGGGUAUUCUGGGGGGGCGCAGGGGGAGAAGGGGCAUGGGCGCAAGGGGCAGGGGGAGCAGGGGGAGAGGGCGGAGGAGGGGGAAGAGGCGCCAGGGGGAAAGGGGGGAUUAUGGAGGGGUGGGGAGUGGUGGCACCAGGGAAAGGGGGGAAGGGGAGGAAAGGCAAGGGGGGGGAGAAGGGGACGGGGAGGACGAAAGGGGGGAGGAAGGGGGGGAGGGGGAGGGAGGCGGAGGAGGAGAGGGGGGCGGACGAGCGGGGAGGGGCGGGGGGGGCAGGGGGGGCGGGGGGGGGCGGGGGGUGGGCGGGAGAUGGAUGA